AUGCGGGUCCUUCUCCAUCUCCCAGCCCUUCUAGCCUCCCUGACGUUGCUCCAGACUGCAGCGCCAGCUGCAAAUGCACGGACCACCACGACUGCUGCCAUCUCUGAUGCCGUGAGUCAGGUCAAGGUCCAAGUCAACAAGGCCUUUCUGGAAUCCCGGACCAGGCUGAAGAUGGCCAUGAGCUCCGAGGCACCCACCACUCGACAGCUCUCCGAGUACUUCAAGCAUGCCAAAGGCCGGGCACGCACAGCCAUCCGCAUUGGGCAGGUGUGGGAGGAGUCCUUAAAGAAACUGAGGCAGAGAGCGGCCUUGACCAAUGCCACAGACCCCAGUCUGGACUUGACUGCACUGUCUUGGGAGGUGGGCUGUGACGUCCCUGUUCCGGUGGUGCAAUGUGACGAGGACAGUCCUUACCGAACCAUUACAGGAGACUGUAAUAACAGGAGGAACCCCAAGCUGGGCGCCGCCAACAGGGCGCUGGCGCGCUGGCUGCCGGCCGAGUACGAGGACGGGCUCUCCCAGCCCUUCGGGUGGACGCCGGGCAGGACGCGGAACGGCUUCCCCGUCCCGCUGGCCCGAGACGUAUCCAACCAGAUUGUAGACUACCUGAAUGAGGAGGGUGUUCUGGACCAAAACAGAUCCUUGCUCUUCAUGCAGUGGGGUCAAAUCGUGGACCAUGACCUGGACUUUGCCCCCGACACCGAGCUGGGGAGCAGCGAGUACUCCAAAGCCCAGUGUGACAAGUACUGUAUCCAGAGAGACAACUGCUUCCCCAUCAUGUUCCCUCCCAAUGACCCCAAGCUGAAGACUCAAGGCAAAUGCAUGCCUUUCUUCCGAGCUGGGUUCGUCUGCCCGACUCCACCUUACCAGUCCCUGGCUCGAGAUCAGAUCAACGCUCUGACCUCCUUCCUGGACGCCAGCUUGGUAUACGGCCCCGAACCCAGCCUGGCCAGGCGCCUUCGCAACCUCAGCAGCCCACUGGGCCUCAUGGCUGUGAACCAGGAGUUCUGUGACCACGGGCUGGCUUACCUGCCGUUCGACGUCAAGAAGCCAAGCCCCUGCGAGUUCAUCAAUACCACCGCCCGAGUGCCUUGCUUCCUGGCAGGAGAUUCCCGAGCCUCCGAGCAGAUCUUGCUGGCCACUUCCCACACCCUCUUUCUCCGAGAGCACAACCGGCUGGCAAUUGAGCUAAAGAGACUCAACCCUCACUGGGAUGGAGAGAAGGUCUACCAGGAAGCCCGGAAGAUACUGGGAGCCUUCGUGCAGAUUAUCACCUUUAGGGACUACCUACCCAUUGUGCUCGGUGAGGAGAUGCAGAAGUGGAUCCCCCCAUACCAAGGCUAUAACAAAUGUGCCGACCCCCGAAUUUCCAACGUCUUCACGUUUGCCUUCCGCUUUGGCCACUUGGAGGUCCCCUCGACUGUGUCCCGUCUGGAUGAGAACUAUCAGCCGUGGGGUCCAGAGGCAGAGCUCCCCCUGCACACCCUCUUCUUCAACACCUGGAGGAUAGUCAAAGAUGGUGGAAUUGACCCUCUGGUCAGGGGCCUGCUGGCCAAGAAGUCCAAGCUCCUGGAUCAGAACAAAAUGAUGACAAGAGAGCUGCGCAACAAGCUUUUCCAGCCCACCCACAAGAUCCACGGCUUUGACCUGGCCGCCAUCAACAUACAGCGGGGCCGAGACCAUGGGAUGCCUGGGUACAACUCCUGGAGAGGCUUCUGUGACCUCCCGCAGCCCAAGACCCUGAAGGAGCUGAACGCUGUGCUGAAGAACAGGAGGCUGGCUAAGAAGUUACUGGAUCUCUACGGAACCCCUGACAACAUUGACAUCUGGGUUGGGGGCGUUGCUGAGCCCCUGGUAGAGAGGGGCCGAGUGGGGUCUCUCCUGGCCUGCCUCCUGGGGAAGCAGUUCCAGCAAAUCCGUGACGGAGACAGAUUCUGGUGGGAGAACCCUGGGGUCUUCACUGAGAAGCAACGGGACUCUCUCCAGAAAAUGUCCUUCUCACGCCUGGUCUGUGACAACACCCACAUCACCAAGGUCCCACGCGACCCAUUCCAGGCCAACAGCUACCCCCAGGGCUUUGUGGAUUGCUCAGCCAUUGACAAGCUGGACCUGUCACCCUGGGCCUCUGUGGAGAAUUAGGAGCCCAGGCUUCCCCGCCUCCUGCACUGUGCAGUAGCGCUCCCUUUGGUCCUUGAUUCCAUUUCAAUCAAGUUUGGUGACCCAGUCCCUUAGAGCUCCACACCCCAUCCCGGCCCUUCUUUUCAGCCGGGUUUCUCUCUACUCGCCAGAUGCACACCGCGCUCUAGCCCAAGACCAGCACCUCAGCCUUCCCAGCUCUUCCACCUGAAUCCCGCUGCUCCCAUGUCAUCCCCUCUGUCCAUGAGAUGUCACCCAUCCUCUCCCUGCAACAUGUCUCAUCUGAGGCCACAGCCGUUGGGCUCUUAUCUUUCCACCUCUCCUUUCAAACUAGAUUGUAAGCUCCUUGAGCCAGAGACCAGUCUGCUUCCGUGUGUCCCCCGUGGCACCCAGCAUGACGCUCAGCACACAGCACAGGCUCAUUAAACAUCUGAUGGCUGACUGAAGGUAGUGGCAGUGAUGCUAUUCCCUUCCAGAAGGCAGACCUUGGAACCACGGCCAAAUAAGUAACUGGAGGUUUACAGCGCAGACAUGUCUUACCACUAAGACGCUGUGUGCAUGGGUCUGGGGGGUGAGAAGUUAUGGUGUGGUGAGAUUUCAGUUCUCAGAGAAAAAAAGGAAGCAAGGGCUCCUGGGGAAAGAAACAAUGGCCACAGAUAGAGCCAAGGGAGAGGGUUUGGGGUGCUGUCCAGGGAUCAAACAGGGAGGACUUCCAAGCCUGGAUUCCCCUACAGCUAAAGUUGAUUUCCCUUCCAGAAACCCUUCUGGGAACUACCCUCUUCUUUGAGGGCAGUCUUUGGAUCCUAUAAGACCUUUGAAGGGGCAUCUCCAGAAUAUUCCUUGCACUGCUACCCAAUACAUACUCAUGUCUUCUUUUAAAAUGACCCUCCUUGGGGUGCCUGGGUGGCUCAGUGGCUUGAGCCUCUGCCUUCAGCUC